AUGUCGGGGGUCUGGGUGUUCAAGAACGGCGUGGUGAGGCUCGUCGAGAACGAGCAGCCACGCACAGCCCGCCGCAAGGUGCUUCUGCACAUCCCCAGCAACAAGGUGAUCACCUCCUACGCUUCUCUGGAGCAGAAGCUGCUGGCCCUGGGGUGGGAGAGGUACCACGAAGACCCCGACUUGCUCCAGUUCCACCGCCGGCCGUCCAUCGACCUCAUCUCCCUCCCCAAGGACUUCUCCAACUUCAGGUCCAUGUACAUGUACGACAUCGUCGUCAAGAAUCGCGGUGCGUUCAAGGUCAUCGACACCUAA